UCGAGUGCGCGUCGAUUCGAUCCGCAAAAACUUUUUCUCCAGUCGUUUUGUUUUUUAGUAUUCCAAACGGAACACGGGUCAUCGGUGGCUCCAGAAGCCCGACGUUUUAUCCGAGCAAGCAGAGACUUUUCUUUUUUUAUAUUAUUAGUGUUUUUAAUUAGAUGUAAGUGCGUUAAGUACAGUGAACUGAAAGACAGGGACGCAUCAGUGAUCGAACAUUUACCGAAAGUGUUGUUCCAAGGAUACGCGAACGUUUGUGUUAUUCUUUGGAUUAUCGUUCUUGGACUUGAUCGUUGCAAUUCCGAGUAAAAAAGAUCGCAACGCGCUGGAACGAUGCAUCUACCGGAAGGAUCAUUGGGAAUGGACAACUUGAACGUGAUCAGCGAGACUCUACAGUCCGGUGAGCUGGUGAGGACCGGAAGUCCCGCCAUCCUCUGCAGCGCGUUACCAUCGCACUGGAGGUCGAACAAGGCGCUUCCCGUGGCCUUCAAGGUCGUCGCCCUCGACGAGGUCAGCGACGGCACCCCGGUCACCAUCCGAGCCGGAAACGACGAAAACUGUUGCGGCGAACUAAAGAACUGCUCGGCAGUGAUGAAGAAUCAAGUCGCCAAGUUCAACGAUCUGCGAUUCGUUGGCCGCAGUGGUAGAGGAAAACUGUUCUCUCUGACCAUCCAGAUCAACACGAUACCAGUCCAAGUGGCUACGUACACCAAGGCCAUCAAAGUUACCGUGGACGGGCCAAGGGAACCGAGGUCCAAGUCGAAUUAUCAGUACGGACACGGAUUCCCUGGACUCAGAUUGCUCAACCCGUGGGUGGACGUCGCGUACUUAGGUCACGCGUGGCAUCUUCGUUAUCCUGGUUUCGUCGAAGGAUCUAUUCCAAUGCCACCGACGGAUUUGUUUCCACCGACCUUCCCUCCAACGGUUCUGCCGUCGUAUCCGUUCGAGCCAGUGAAAUACCCGACGGAAUACGCGACUCUACCAGCGAAAACCAGCACGACUAGCAGCACGCCGGCGACCAUCCCUAACAGUCCAUCGAGGACGCCUCCAAAGAGUCCCAGCGAGUUUGGAAGCGAAUCGAACGGCGACGAGGUCCGCAGCGCGUUCGUGCCCAUCAGAUUGAACACCCUGCCACCCACCACCUCGGUAAUCACCGCUUCUUCCUCCUCGCCGGAGAGAAUCGUGCCGAAAAAACCGACCGAGGGUACGAGGAACAAAUUGAAGAUGCCAGUGUCGCCCAACAGAAGUCCAUCGCCGACCAAGAUCUCCUCGCCGCUGCCAACGAAAGCAGUCUGGAGACCUUAUUAGGAGGACGCGAAGUCGAGGACUCGGUGAAACGAGGAUAGGAUUCUCGCUGGAAGGCUAGUGAUUACUUAGACGUCGUCGGUGGAUUGUAUAGUCUCUUCGCGUUUCCGCCGGGGAAAAGUGGACCGACGUUAAACGGAGGCUCUUGCAAGAGUGAACGAGAUUUCUUUGCUCUCUACCGUGUCGCUUCUCCGGCAGGAAUGAACGACAACGAUACAUCGUCCUCGGUUUUACGAGGAUGCUAACCUUACGAGGCUCGAUCGAAGGCUGAUCGCGUUCGAUCAAUCAACCCGUGUGUAUAUUCGCGUAUCAUUAAUUAUUGUAAAUAUAGAUGGAUAGCUUGUAUAUAUUCGUGUAGAUAGUUCGUGGACAAUAAUGUAGAGGAGAAAGAUAUUAUUAUAUGUAAAUUUCGUUGUGUAUAGGAAAGGGUGUGUAUGCGUGAGCGAGUGUAUGGAGCAAAGAGAGAUUAAAAGACACAGAGAUAUUGAUAUUAUUUAUAAGCCAGAGGUCUAAUUUAAUGUAUAAACACAGAUGCUAUUAUAUAGAUACGCAACGAGACGAAUAAAAACGAAAUCGAUGCGAAAAUUUAAA